CUAUCGGCAAUCACCAUGCUUCUCUGCAUUCCGCCAUUCAUUUGGCAUGCAAAGCACCGAAACCUUGCAGCUUCAGUUCUAAUCGUCUGGAUCAUUAUCCUCAAUCUAUUCAACGUCAUCAAUGCCAUCCUUUGGCCAACUGACGACACGUCGAAGUGGUGGAUCGGAGUCGGAUUAUGCGAUGUCGAAAUUCGAUUCCUUGUUGCCUGUUCAGUUGGCGUAGCAGGUGCUUUGGCGUGCAUCAUGCGCAGCCUAGCUAAUGUCAUGAAUACUGACCGAGCUUCACUCGUCCCAAGUCGUGCGCAGAGACGGCGAGGGAUGAUUUUCAACAUUUUCUUCUGCUUCAUCUGUCCGAUCCUUCUGACGCUGGCCCAUCUGAUUGUCCAGGACAAUAGAUAUGACAUCUUUGCGAUAUCUGGGUGCGCUCCAAACAACGACAGCAGCUGGGUCAGCGUCCUUCUCGUGUUCAUUUGGCCGCCCGUACUGUCUUUUCUCGAUGCUUACUAUUGCUCGCUUGUAAUUAUUCGGCUCCGCCGCUAUCGACGUCAAUUUUCCGAAAUUCUCGUGUGUUCAAACACAAACAAAUCUCAGUUUUACCGCCUCUUUAUCAUUUCUACGGUUCUAAUCCUCGUCUUCCUUCCUAUCCAGCUCUAUGUCUUCUACGUGAAUGUCAAUGUCCCUCUCAAUGGAUUCUCUUUCUCGCGUAUACAUGGCGCGAGUUGGUCGCAGAUCCUAAUGAUACCCACGGGCGGAGUUGUGCGAUUUGACCGCUGGGUCUACGUAGCAGCUGGUCUGCUCGUCUUCUUCUUCUUCGGCCUCGGAAGAGAUGCCGUCGCCAUGUACCGCGGAUGGCUCGGACAUAUUGGCUUGCUCA